AGGCUGAACAGUGUGAAAGCAUUGAAGAACAAGCGAAAUAAGGAGCUAGUGGAAGAAUCGAUUUUUUGCAUGGACUGUCAGGAGAAAGUUCAAGUUUCAGUCUUCUCUGCAGUAGACAAGGAUCUUUUCUUGAACAAGAUCUAUCCUUUGAGGAAACCAGCAGUGCUGAAAGGAGUGCCUUUAGGUCCAUGCCUGGAAAAAUGGACAGUGGAUUACCUUGCUGCAAAAGGAGGUGCCCAGGAAGUCAAACUUCAUGUUUCUUCUGUUCCUCAGAUGGAUUUUUUGCAUAAGAAUUUUAUAUACAGGAAGUUACCGUUUGACAAGUUUGUCCAGAGGGCUGCAGCGGAAACAGACCACGAAGAAUUCUUCAUCAGUAAGGAUGAGAGUUACUACUUGCGAUCGCUUGGAGACGAUGCUCGUAAGGAGCCUGCUGACCUAAAAAAGCAGUUUCCUGUUCUGGCAGAUGACUUCCACAUCCCUGAGUUUUUUGAACCCGAGCAGUUCUUUUCCAGUGUUUUCCGCAUUAGCUCACCUGGUUUACAGCUAUGGACACACUAUGAUGUAAUGGACAAUUUGCUGGCUCAGGUGACGGGAAGAAAACGUGUUGUUCUCUACAGCCCCCAAGAUGCCUUGCACCUCUACAUGUCAGGUGACAAGUCUCAGGUGUUGGACGUGGAUUUUCCAGAUUUGAAGCAGUACCCAGAUUUUGUGAAGGCACGUCGUUAUGAGUGUAUUUUAGAACCAGGGGACCUGCUCUUCAUCCCAGCCCUUUGGUUUCACAACACACUGGCUCUUCGGUUUGGCGUCGGCGUCAACGUGUUCUGGCGCCACCUGCCCAUGGACAGCUACGAUAAGAAGGACCCGUAUGGUAACAAGGACCCUGUGGCAGCAGCACGGGCACUGCAGACUUUAGAGAGGGCGCUGAGUUUGCUGGAUGAGCUGCCAGCUGACUACAGGGAUUUCUAUGCCCGUCGAAUGGUGCUGCGUAUUGAAAGCCGGGCUUAUUCUGCUGAGAAAUGACACGAGAAAUAUUGACAUGUUGUUUACAGCAUGGUAACAGAGACUGGAACUGCAGACUGGGACAGUACAUCUCUAGGGGAAACCAGGGUAAUAUGUGAGUCAUCUUCAUGCAUAUUCAGCUGUAAAAUAGCUGUUGAUAUCUAUGGAUGAUGUGCCUUAGGAUUAUUACAAUUUUAGUUUUUGUUUGAGACCUGCAGUUAUGUUUAUAUCUGCAUCUGAUAACAACACUAAGAUUUGAAUUUGAGAGCUCAAGAUCUUAGCACUAGUGGGUUGGUCCCACUAUAAUAUUAAACAGCAUAUUUAAUUCUUUUCAAUAUUUUAGCAUAUGGAUGGCGUAGUUGUGUAGCAGGCUAUGUUGGGUUAGUAUUGUGAUAAACAGCAGUGGGUCAGGUGUAAUUCUUUCUCCAAUAAGAAUGCCCUACAAGUCUACUGCACACUGCCAAUUUAGAUUGGAUCAUAGACUUGUUUCAGCCCAGUAUCAUGUAAUUUCAUGCAAUAUAUGUCAGACAUUCGGAAAGUAUUUAUUUUAUUUAUUUAUUAGGAUUUUAACGUCAUGUUUUACACACUUUGGUUACAUCCAUGACAGAAACGGUAGUUACUCGUUACACGAGAUUCAUCAGCGUACAAGUAUAAUGUCAAACACAGUCAUGGACAAUUUUGAAUCUCCAAUUCAACUCACUAGCAUGUCUUUGGACUGUGGGAGGAAACCGGAGCUCCCGGAGGAAACCCACACAGACACUGGUAGAACAUGCAACUCCAUACAGAAAGGACCCGGAACAUUAAGAAAGUGUCUUAGCAUUAUUUAGGACCACUUCACUGUACUCUACAUUGUUUUGGUGGAUGAGAAUUUGAACCAUAUCUCCAACUCCCUCCCAGUGGAAUCGUGCUGCCAACACGUUUCACGUCCAAUAUGUGCAUAGUCUACAUUAAUGGAUUAAUAAAAACUGGUGCUCAUAAGUGUGUGAAACAUUUAAGCUUGUGCACUCUGCGACCAAACAUAUGUGCACAUCUGACCAUGAGCUCGUUGAACAUCUAAUUCAACAGUGAUGAGGAUUAAUGUGCAGUCAACCUUCCUCCUUGUUAACAGCCUCCACUCUUUUAGGAAAGGUUUUCUUAAAGACAUGUCCUGCACAUAACUUUUGUUCCAGGCUGGUUGCCACCUUUUCCAAUAGCUAUGUAGGCCUUUUCAUUCAAUUUCACAAGUGCUUUAUUACAGACACAUGCACAGACAGACCCAAUGUGGUGCUCAACCAUCUGCCCUUUUGUCUUCAGACUAGAUUAGCGCCUUUUUAAAUAUUGAAUCUGUUGACUCUUAAACAUCUGCAUAAAUAAAUAU